AUUUUAUGUCAACAUUUUGGUACAAUCCGAUACAUGGUUUUUCUGUUCAUUAUGCAUCGACGAAGCAAAAUGAAAAAAAAAAAAGAAGAAAGUAAAUCGCAUCAUAGGAGAGCCAAAACAUGAAGAUUAUGGAACUGUGGAUAUACAGUAUUUAAAUAAAAGAAUGACUGUGGAAUUACCAUUAAAUGACGAUUUAUCUCAAUUUGGAUACAGCGUUGAAUCUGGUUAUUUCUUUAAAAGAGAUCAAUUACUAUUUGCAAGUGGAGCUCCAGGUUGGAAGUAUAAAGGCUCGGUCGGAAUAAUUAAUCCAGCAUCGAAUAUAUCAAUCAUCACGAAAUUAUAUGGUACUCAUAUUGGGGAAUAUUUUGGAGCCAGCUUGGCUGUAGGAGAUUUAAAUAGAGAUGGUUUGGAUGAUCUUCUUAUUGGAGCGCCCUAUUGGGGUGAAGAUACUGGUAGAGUAUAUAUAUAUUUCGGUACAUCCAAGGAACAGUUUGAAAUAGCUGUGAUUUUACACGGAGUUGCAGAAGGAGGGCAUUUUGGAUACGCUAUAGCUAGUGGUGAUUUAGAUGCUGAUGGAUUUGAUGAUAUUAUUGUGGGAACACCUUGGGAAGAUGAUGGUGUUAUUUAUGUGUUUAAUGGGACUCCAGAUUUAAAGAAUACGAAUUUUUUACAAAAUUCGCAACGAAUCGAAGCUGUAAAAUUAUUUAAAUAUAAUUCUUCACAAAGAAUACUUCGAUUUGGAUUUUCAAUUUCAAAACCGAUUGAUAUUGAUAAGAACGGAUAUUUGGAUAUCGCAAUUGGAGCAUACAAAUCAGAGCAUGCUAUUAUACUACGUAGUAAACCAAUAUGGAAAACAGAACUUUUCAUUGAGACUAUACCUAAUACUUUGCAAAGAGAUGCUAAACAAUUUUUGGUCAGAAUAUGUCCACGAUAUAAUAUGUAUGGCACGUUACACGAUAAUGUCACAGAUACUAUAAAAUUUAGGAUUACAGCUAUUAUAGACGAACGUUACCAGCGAACUAAAGAAACAAUUUUAGAAAUGAAAUCUUCUAAUUUAAGUAUUUGUCUAUCUAGUCAAGUUAAUAUUUUGAAAGAUAUACGAGAUUUUAUCGAGCCUAUUAGUAUAGUUGCAAAACAUGAUUUUUUACACGAUGACGUAUCAAAUGAAUUUUGUAAAUACUGUCCUAUUGAAAAACACAAUAAGAUACAAAAUAUAAAAGUUUUACUUCCUUUUAAUAUUGGUUGUGGAGAUGACAAAAUUUGUAAUUCUAAUAUAUCUGCUACUGCAAAAUUUUAUAAUGUAAGAUAUAAUAAUAUGUGGAUAAUUGGUUCAAACGAUAUAAGUUUAAAAAUUAAUUUAAAAAAUUAUGGAGAACCUGCAUAUCUUACUACACUCGAGUUUAUAUUCCCUGAGAGAGUAAUAUUACGUAGUAUUUUACCUUCGUGUCAAGAAGAUAUUUCUAAAGAGAAUUUAAUAGUAAUUUGUGAUAUAGGAAAUCCUAUUUGGAAAGAAGAAGAGAAAAAUGUCAAAUUAGAUUUGGAUAUGAGAUAUUUAAUUAAUGGAUCAUUAUAUGACCAUAAAUUAUAUUUUUAUAUAACAAUAAAGACUCGUAGUAUAAAUCAUGGAAUGACGAGCAUAAUUAAAACUCUUAAUUUAGUAAACGAAGUUUCUCUAUCUUUACACGGAAAAGCAAAUGAAGAAAUCUAUUAUUUAACUAGUUUAAACGAAAUUGCUCAAAAUGUUAUUUUUCAACAUACUUAUCAAGUAUAUAAACUUGGGGCAUCACCAAUAGAAAUUGCGCAAUUGAUUGUUAAAGUGCCAUUAGCUAUUAAAGAUUUACAUUUAAUAUAUAUGUAUAAAUCUCAAUUAUAUAUAUCAGGAGAACUUUUUGAAUGUUCAUCAGAAAGUAGUUUAUUGGAUAUUCAAAGAGAACCAUCUUUAGAUCAAUUUGAUAUAUCUCUUUUUUCCAAUAAAAUACGAAAAAAUAAUAAUCAUCUAAUAAAUGAAAAAGAUCAAUUUAAUUCAAUAGAAUCAGCUUUAUAUUUGAAUAACAUGAAUAUUAAAGCUCCAAAAAUAUUAAAUGAAAAUUGGACAAAUGAUAUUAUUUACAUGAAUUGUUCAACUCCUUAUAUAAAUUGUAUAACUAUUGUAUGUGAUUUAAAUACACUGAAAACAUUACAAGAUAUAGGAAAGAUGACAAUUAAACUUUUUUUAAAUGUUAAUAAAUUUAAAGAUAUCUUUAGAAACAAUAGAGCUAUUUUAAAAUAUGCUACUGAGGUGAGCGCAGAAAUAAUAAAACCUGAUAAGAGAUUGUAUAUCAAUGGAACUCGAUCUACAAUGGAAAUUGUGACAAUAUUUUACAAUAUCCCAAAAAUGGAAAAAUUACAGCCAUGGAUCGUUCUCAUCUCUAUUUUAAUAGGAAUAUUAUUAUUAUUAAUUUUUGCUGCAAUUUUAGGAACGUUGGGUUUCUUUAAACGGAAAAAAAAAACAAAGUUUAACAAAUCAAAAAUGUAAUGAAGUGAUAGGAAAUGAAACUGCGAUUACAAUUAACCCUGAAAAUACGUGAUAUAACGAGUAAAAAGAACUUAAAAAAUAUUUAAAUAUAUCGAAUAUUAUGCGUAUAUUCUGUAAAAAGAAAAUUAUAUUUGAUAAACUUUUAAUAUUUAUUUACAUUAUAUUCAUUAUCUCCGAUGAAAAACGCCCAUAUAUGUAUACAAAUUUCUAUUUUUAUUAAUUAUAUCUUAUUGUACUUUCAAUUCGUACAUUGUAUUCAAACAUCUUAACUUGACAAAAACAUAUAAUGUAAAAACAUAUCUUAACAUGUACAUCAAUCAGUAUGUAGCUAUUUACAUUUUCUUUUAAUUACAAACGAAAAAAUAAACGCAAUAAUUUCCAUUGCAUUAUAACAAUAUCCAGUGGAUAAUUUCCCAUUCCUCGCAACAAUAGUAAAAAAUUAUUUCUUUUACUUUUUCUUUUUUUUCUUAAGAAAUAUUUAUGUUAUAUAAUAAAUCAAAAAUUAUUAGCAAUAUAAUAGAAUGAAUUUCCUUGUCUCUUUUUUUUUUUCGAAAAACUUAUAAUAUUAAUACAAAAUAUUUUCGUCAUCUUAAUAACGCUUUUACAGAAUGUGAGCAUAAACUAUUAUCUUGAUAAUAAUCAAUUAUUUCUAUUUUAUAAAUUUUUAAUGACGAUCUGUUACAUAGUAAAAAAAUUCAAAUUCUGUUAAACAAACUUUGUUAUAUUGAAUACAUUUCGUUUCAUUGUUUAGUUCCAUAUUCAUACUCAGAUCAGUUCCAUUUGUCGGUUGUGUCCUUUGAAAAGACACAAAAUGAAGGGGCGGUUAUAGCUUUUGCUUGAUCGCCAUCAGCAUCGCCCAAAAUUUUUUUGUGGUUUUAAUCCGCAAGCGCAACUAAUACGGUCGAGUAAAAUUCGCCUUUCUUCCGAUGUUAAUGUUGCUUGUUAACAUUAUGUGGACAUUGUAAUUAUUUGUCGUAGCAUAUUUCGUCGCACAUCGACAGGCUUCGACAAGGAAAGGGAUCAAACUUGUUUGUUAGAUUCCCAAUUGUCCAUCAGAACUAUUGUCCCUUGUUCUUUUUAUCUUCCCUUCUCAAAGGCGAGUCGACCAUUUUCAAGAUAAAUAAAUUGAACAGGAUAUGAGGUAUAAUUAUUUUUGUUCUCUGGAUAUGCGUAGCGUAAUAAAAUAAUAUUGUUUCAUUAGAAGCGCACUAUUUAUGAAUACCAAUAUAUAAUUUAUACUCACAAGCUGUAGAUUAUCUGUUGGAGUGAUUUACACAAUUCAAUGAAAUUACAUAAUGAAGAAGGCGAAUGAGAACAAUAUAUUCAUGUAUAUAAUUCGCGAGAAUUCUGAAACGUGUAACAUGAUAUACCAAUUCCCAAAAUAACAUUUGAGGCUGGCUGACUCGUGUUUUGUUAUUAUCAAUGUUAAAUUCGUUUGAAAAUAUUUUAUUAUAAUUUCAAUAUUAAAUUCAUAAAAAAAAA